UCGUGAUUUUACCUCCAGUUCUUAUCUCCGUCAGUGUUUCACAGAGCGGUCUCCAGGCCCGUAAUUAGCCCGACGGCGUCUCACCUCCCCGAAUCGGCGGUGAGAGCCGAGCCAGCCCACCCUGAGCCUGGAACCCAGCCCUAAUUACCCCUUUAUACUCACAUCUCCCCACAUUAAACUUUAUUGGCAUGAAGUAAUCUGAGCCCUAAUUGAUACAAAGAGCUCAGUUUGUCCGGCCCGGGGGAGCCGUAAUGGGCUAGUUUCACAUGUGGCACUAGUUUCACUGGACGAAUAAUCUUCAUCUUCACCGAAUUUCACUGUACCCAUCUUCAGAAAGAUGCACGGAUGAUCUUAGAACUUUCUUUUUUCAGUGUAUUGGUUGUCCUUAGAAUGCCACAUAUGUACAAGUGCAUUAGGAUAUGGGAAAGCAAGGGCUAUGCAGCAAAGACAAAUUGUGCUCCAGAUACCGAGGAUCUCAUUAGCAUGCAGUCUGAAAGUAGCCUCCUGUAUGAACUGACAAACGAUGAAAAGUGCCCUCAGAAGACACGCGUCUGCGCUACGCAUAUGGAUCUUAGACACUGAAGCCGUGCAGGCAGCUACUGUGUUCCUGUGGCUGAAAUCGUAGCUGUUCGGGAGACGGAGGUGGACAGUCGGACCAAAGACGAAGGAAGGUGGCAGAAAAUGUCGCAGAAGCCUACUGAAGGGUGUCCAUAUGCUUUCACAGUGUCCUACGUGGAGAGGGGCAGGCAGCACCGCUGGCGGUGUAGUGAUGUCACCUUCCACUGCUCUGAUUGGACGCUGUGUCAGCAGUGGGCCCAGAGCAUCAGGGAGCAGCUGCUACUGCAGACCAGCAGACCAAAGCAUUUGCUGGUGUACAUUAAUCCCUAUGGAGGGAAACAACAGGGGAAACUGAUCUACGAGGAAAAAGUGGCCCCACUCUUUUCGCGUGCCUCAAUAUCCACCGACGUGAUUGUUACUGAAUAUGCGAAUCAUGCCAGGGACCACUUGAAGAUGGAUGCAGACCUAAAGAAAUAUGAUGGGGUGGUCUGCGUCGGGGGCGAUGGCAUGUUCAGCGAGAUCGUUCACGGGCUGGUCUCGCGGACGCAGGCGGACUGCGGGGUGGACCAGGACUGCGCAGAAGAGAAGCUCGUGCCCUGCACAAUCCGGAUCGGCAUCAUUCCAGCAGGUUCAACCGACUGCAUCUGCUAUGCGACGGUGGGCGCGAAUGACCCCGUGACCUCGGCCUUACACAUCAUCGUGGGGGACUCCCAGCCUCUGGACGUCUGCUCGGUCCACCACAACAACACGUUCCUCAGGUACUCGGUCUCCCUGCUGGGGUACGGUUUCUACGGGGACGUGCUCGCCGACAGCGAGCGGAAACGCUGGAUGGGCCCGGCCAGGUACGACUUCUCAGGUUUGAAGACGUUUCUGACACAUCAUUACUAUGAAGGAACCGUAUCGUUUCUACCAGCUACAGACAUCUUGGGGACUCCUAGGGACAAGAGCAAGUGCAGAGCUGGGUGCUACAUCUGCCAGCAUAACGGCAAGCUCCUCUCAGAGGACCCACUGCUCUACAAGAUGGAGGAGGAGCUGUCCUGCAGCGAGAUGGAGGGUGAUUGGCGGGUGGUCCGUGGGAAGUUCCUGGCCAUAAAUGCUGCGUGCAUGAGCUGUGCCUGCCCCCGGAGCCCAAAGGGCCUGUCCCCCGCCGCUCACCUGGCCGACGGCACCUCCGACCUCAUCCUCAUCCGCAAGUGCUCCAGAGUCAGCUUCCUACGGCACCUCCUGCGCCACACCAACAAGGACGACCAGUUCGACCUGGCCUUCGUGGAGGUGCAUCGAGUGCGCAAGUUCCGCUUCACGCCCAAGCAGUGCGAGAGCGACCUGGAGCUGGACCUGAGAGAGCGCGGAGCGGGCGGCGUGGCGGAGGGGGGGAAGAGGCUCUUCCGCCAGAUCUGCAGAGACCACCCCGCCUGCGGCUGCACCCCCGUCAACAGCAGCUGGAACUGCGACGGGGAGAUCCUCCCCCACGCCGCCAUCGAAGUGGGGGUGCAUUGCCAGCUCAUUCGCCUUUUUGCAAGAGGGAUCGAGGACCAGCCCCUGUUCGAGGACUUCUGCGCCCCCUCCGUAGUAUAGUCUUCCAAGGAGACAUCCGAAGCAGAGCCCUGCUGGACUGCACAGGGCUCAGGGAUACCAUAGAGGUCACACUGCUGUGCAGGGCUCAGAGAUACCAUAGAGGUCACACUGGUGUGCAGGGCUCAGACAUACCAUAGAGGUCACACUAGUGGUAGCUGCACGGCUUUCAUGAUGUUACAUUCCUCCACACAUGACACUCCUGCAUUACCCAUAUUCCCCCGUUGUUUCAGUGGCUGUGAUUGGUUGUUUGGGUUUAGAGGCAUCAGGUCGUUCUGCAGAGGAAGCUCUGAAAACUGUUGGCCGAGCACAUUUAGCUGUUGCCUCUUUCAUUAACCCCCUCACACCGAGUUGCAGGUCCCCUGGUCUGAAGUACAGUGACUGAGACAGAGUCAGGUCAGGGUUACUGGACAUAAGUAUCUUCGGCAAAGCCACUCUGUAUUCUGUCGUAGUAUUCCCUUUCCCCCUGCUAGACUGGCCACUUUAUUUGCUUGACUGUUACAAUAUCAAGUAAUUUAAUGUAAUCUUGGUUGUGUUUGUAUUAUGUAAGCCUUUCUGAUUCAGAAAACAAGCAUUUAUCGGUUUAUUUAAAAACAUUUAUUUAAGCACCGCUGCCUUGCCCCGCACUAUAGAAAAUGUGAAUUAUUCAUACUACAAACUUGCUGCAAAUUAUUCAGAGCCAAUGAUGUGCUCGGGGGAAAUGGUCCAAAACUACCAGAAAAGCAAUAAUUCUGCAUGCUGUUAUCUUAUAAUACCAUGUUGAAUGCACAACUUAUUUAAUUGGCCUUGCAUACAUUCCAUCUCCAUUCAUUGUACGUAGGUUUUUAGUGGGUUUUACAUCUCUCAAUGCAGUGUACCUGACACAUAACAUAUUUUAAACUGUCACCACUGUGUGGAAACAUGCCAUGCCUGUGUAUUGUUAAUGCUUUGACAAAACCCAACACCCAGCUAGCAGUUAACAGCGGAGCCAGUUUUCUAACUGGCAUUGUAGCAGUUUGUAGCUCUAGCAGUGCAGUGUUGAUACGUACAUUUAUUUUUCCUGCUCUGAAAAAUUAGAUAUGAUCUUAAUAGUGAGUCUGCUAGAUGUCAAUGUAAUUCAACUGUAGCACCAGUUUGAAAGGUUAUUUAAAAAACGCCCAGGGAGGGUAAUCAAGAAUUAUGAAGUUAAUGUUUUAGUGUUGCACUGCUUGUCUUAAAAUCUUAUCUGGUAUUAUCCUUUGUACAGACAAUACUUUUGUGAUGUCUGUAUCUUCCUGUAGUCUUGCCAUGGCUAAGGGAAGUCAGCACUGGUUUUAGGGUGAUGUCAAGGGUAGGGAGGGAGUGGGGGGUUCAUUCUGUAAAGUAUACCAUGGGGUGGUCCUGAGAAUGAGAAUAUACUGUAACUACAGUCUUUCAUGAUACUCAAACAUAUAACAAAUUGGCUUUUUAAACUCCUAAGUCCUCUGACUGUACAGGGCUGUACAGUGCUCCCAUUUUAGGCACAAUUACAUACUUGCGGGAAGUCUGUUGAAAAAUAGUUUAGGAGCACUAUACUCUACUAAUUGGGAGGCAUUAAUGUGCCGCUAAAGUUCCUAAACCUCUAAAUCUUGGGGGGGGGAAACAUCCUGGGAAGAUGUUAGCGUAGUGCCCUGUAUUAGGAAAUGGAAAGGAGACCAAGGACAUAUGCAUUGACCAAAAUGUACAGUGAUUAUUGCAUGCUGUCUACCUGCUUCAUACUUGAACCAGUCGUAAUGUAUUUUAGAUGAUGAAUCUUCAUGCUGUAUAUGGCAGAAGAGAUCGCGUUUUUAACUGGACAGAGGUGUUUCCUUCUCAGGAGCAGCCCCAGGUAAUGUUGAUGCGGUGCGGCACUAGCAGUGCGACGCACCUUAGCACUUUUAAACUGUUAUGUUAAAUCUCCUUCCACCCCAGAGGCGUACAGUAGAGCUCCGGUAGAGCAGGCCUCGGUCUGGACCUUUUCUGUCAGUGUGUUUAACCAGUGUCUAGACACUGGCUAAACAAACUCAUUAAAAUCAUGUAAAUUCAUGAAUUCACCUGAUUUUUUUUUUUUUUUCUUUUACUUUUUUUUGUGGAGAGAAUACCUAUUGCUCUUUUAAGGAUGUAGCUUACUGCUGCUACAGCAGAAAUGUGUUUAGAAAUAAAUUUGUGAUAGAUGUUAAUUAUGUUUUUGCUGUUAACGGUCGAAAAUAUUGUAGCAUUUCACUGUGGAGAUGAAGUGAGCUGAAGUGCUGUAGAGAGAACUGUAGCUGUUCCACUCUCCUAAACCUAAGUGAUGGAGUAUUAUUGCCUUUCCAACACUUGAGUUCUUUUGAAGAGGGGCUUUGCCAGUGGUAGCAGUGUACAGAUGCAACAUUAAAGUUUUGUGCAUAAACCAACAUUUGUUUUUCACAUCAUCAGUUUUAAAAGAAAACAUCUCAAAUUCAAACAAAAUGUUUUAUGUGACUACUAUCCAGAGGGAUAAUGUGUAUUCAGAGUUUGUUUUCUCACAAAUGUGUUAAAAUGAUGUAACCAUUUGAGUAUGUGGAUACUAGCUUUGGAUGCUGAAAUUCCAUACAGCAAGGCAUAAUCAUGUCUUAUCAUUCUUGUGCUUCUAUGGAUAUUCUGCAAAUGUGCUGCCUCAUAACCAAUUUCAUUUCUCAGUUAAUACAAGACACCUCAUUAUUUGUAAUUGAUAUCCAGCAUUAUCAAAUCCAAAUAUAUGCUGUAAUGUGCUCUGAUCGGGUCAGGUUGGUCUGUAUCCUUAGCCCUGCCAUCGGGCUAAAGAUCUGUAAGUUAUUGAAGGGGUCUUCUUGGCUGUGAGGUUUUAACUGAUUUAAAGGGAUCUGGAAAACCUGCUGGACUGUGACCUUCCAGCACCUGGGCCAGGUAGCCCUGAAUAUUGAGUAUGGCUUCUGUACAAGUGUCGAUGUGGGUUUGAGUUAGAGCCUUGAGUAGGCUGUUUGUAUGACUGCUGAGUUAACUGUGGGUAUGAGUCUAGAAUGAUCUAUGUGUACCAGCACUGAAUAGUUCAUGAGCAUUUAGCUGGCUUUGAGUGCAUGAGUAGUCUGUGUGUGAAUAUUGAGUAGGCUUUUAGGUGUACAUAUUCACACUGAAUAUUUUAGUUUGCUUUCAUGUUGUAUUUUGGACUCACCUCUACAUUGUCUAUGAAGUCUUUAACAGUAACAGUUACAGUAACUGAACAAUGUGGUAAUUGUAGGUUAAUUUGUGUGACUAAUUCAGUUUCUCAGAAAAUUAGUUUUCCUCACUCAUUUUAGGCUUUAAGGAGUAUUGUUUAUCAAAUAACUAAAUCCUAUUCUUUGGCAUUCUUUGGCCUGCAUUGUUUUUAGAGACUACAGUUUGUGACAAAGUAUUUUUGGUUUUUAAGCAGGUGGGAAUUCGCCCAAAUCAGAUCACUAGUACAGCGCAGAGGUUGUAUGUGAGCCAACACGUACUUAAUGUGUUAAAGCACUCCGAUACACUUUUAUGAUUUGCCAUUUUCAGAAGAGGCUUUUUAGAUAUCUCAUCCAUUUGCUUUUGUGAAAAUGUGCAGGCUUGCAGUGCGAAAGCGAAUCCAGACCGAGCCUCCGGAUGUCGCACCACCACAAGGUCACUAGAUGGACAAGUGUCACACAGAGAGGCUGAGAGGAUGGGCGAGCAGUAAUAAAACUGAUUACAUUUAUACAGCGGCUCGGAUCUCGAAGCGCCGUGCAGUGAAAGGUAUGGGGAGGGAAUUGCAUCAGCCACCGCCUGUGUAGCGAGAGAGAGGCAGAAACUAGCCCUCCGAGCGAAAGAGGGGGCACGGGGGCGCAAGGACACGGUGUAAAACAGGCCGGGGGAUUGCGACGCCUCCGUUUAGAAGGGGCAGGGGUGGUCUGGUUCGUCGGGAACCUCGCCUGCUUGUGCGGUUGUUCUGAAUGGUACACCAGGCGGCCAUCCGACAGCUGCUCCUCUCCACGGCCAAGAUCCUGUUGCUCGGCAAAAUUGCGGCUAUACAUCAGCCAUCCUGACAACCGCUCUUCGCAUGGCCGACCUAAACUCUUGAACCAUGGCGUCACAGUUGGAUAUUUGAUUUCUGUCCAGGCCCAUUAGAAGCUCGUUUGAAAUAUUCAGGAUAUGGUGGGGGGGGGGUUUUCUCCGUUUUGUUUUAACUCACACUCUGAAGGCUAGAGGGAGCUGUAGCACUAAUCUGCACUGUGAUAACAUGAGCGUCUGCUGACUUUAUCCCGUCAAACGCCCAGAGGACCAGUUGUAUGUUAUGAGGGUCUCAUUUGUGGGCUCAUGGGAUUGGAGCUUACUGACAGUACUGUACGUUGCUGCGUAAAUGCAAUAGUUGAGUCACCUGAAAAGUUUCUUUUUUCUUGUUCAAAAUCUAGUCGCAGCAGCUGUGUAUGCUAGCAGACCGAUACCACUGUGCUGCCUCAGUCAGCAGUGACAGGAACAUCAAUCACCAUUGGAGAGAGUCAUUUUAAUCAACGAUGAAUGAAAAUGUAAAACAAUUAGUAUUCAUAAUGUGACACAAUUAAAAAAAACCAGAAAAGCAAGAAAUUCUUGAUCUUGCAGGUUUCAAGACAGUGAAAGUGUAACCUCUGGUUUAUGAUUGUGGGUAUGAAUAUUUGGUAGUGAAUAAUAAAGGACAUUUGAAACGUAA